AUGCUAAGCGGGCAAUACCCUAAAAAGGCAUUUACUUGCUUCUACUGGGUAAACGGAGGCUGUAGACACAGCGCCGACCAAUGCAAAUUUGUUCACGAAUACACCGAGAGAGUUGCUAAGCCACCAAAACCUCCUCGAUACGCAUGGAGGGACGAUAGGCCGGAAACGAAGAAUCUUAUAGACCUACUAUCGAAUGGAGGGGACUCUAGCGACUCAAAGGACUUCAACUCAGUUGCGACAUCUGACCAGGCUAUUGAGACUGUCCGGCCUGCAAAAAUUGUAGCCCGAGCUAUCGAGUCCGGACACGACUAUGAGCUUGUCAAGGAGCUUCUCACCAACUAUUCACACUCGGGGGGGAAAGAUUCAAUUUCACCAGGGGAGAAGUUAGAGAUCUUGUUAGCAGUCAUACGAUGCGAUCGACCAGAUCUUGUUGAACUGGUCAUCGAGAACGGAGCGGAUCCAAAUGGCGUGGUCCCCAAUUCUGAAAUUCCUCUUCUCGGAUCUGCCAUAUUGAACAGAAACUCGGCUGCAGUUUCAAUUGUCAACAUUCUUCUGGCUUCGGGUGCUGACCCUCACGCAAUUCCAAAGUCGCUAUGGGAAGAUGGAAUCUACACUUCCCACGACCAAACUGCCGACGAGGACGAUGAAUCAAUUGAUUCUGGGCUAAAGGCCUUAACAGAUACUCUUGCGGAGAGUGCAAACGUAUCGAUCAGGCACAGCCUCCUACAAGCAUCUAAGACGUUGCCUCCCCUUCCGGCCAACGUUGAGAUGUACUUAUUGCCGUUUAUCAAACGAAUAACUCGCGCGGAGCAUACUAUGAUUGGACAGAGAGUUGCAAUCGAGUGGAUUAAAAAGUUUUUGACCUUGAAGUUCAUGACAAGAAUGAAUUCACCACUGGUUAUGGCUUUUGUUGGACCGGCAGGCCACGGAAAGUCCUCCCUCGCCAAAGAACUUGGAACAUUUAUACCCCUAUCGAAGCUUCAGAAAGUGGAUGACGAUGAUGAUGACGAUGAAGAAGAUGCUCCCCAUAAUACAAGAAAACCAACCAAUGCGCUGGGAGAAUUGCAGGUUCUCUUUGUUGACAAUAACGAUAUAGCCGGGUAUCAGCGACUUCUUUCGUUUCUAGAUGGAGAUGAUACCUAUUACUAUGUCAACAAAGGGGAGAAAACGAUUAUCGACAAAUCUAAUACAUUGUGUAUUAUUGCAACCACUCACGGAGAAGAAAGAGUAUUAGGGUAUCAUCGCAAGGAUAUGUCAAAGGGGGAGGAGGAUAACGAGACGCAUCCAGAGAACAUUGUUCAUUGUGACUUGGAGGCUUGGCUUGGUGAUGAACUAGAAAAAGGGCUAGGGACAUCUCUUGCUGGGCAUGUUGGAUGCAUUAUCCCAUUCUUCCCAUUCUCCAAGGCUGAGGCGACCGUACUCGCCCACUCAUAUCUCCUAAAGGCUACGGAUGCCCUCGCCGAAUUCCAUGACUCGCUCCAUCAAUCCAAACACGGAGAACUAGACAAUAUUACAUUUUGUCUGGACGCAGAUAUCGAGACUUGCGAGCGUCUCGCGAAAGUGUGCUAUGUUGUUAAGCAAGGGGCACGCUCCAUUGAGCAAGGAAUUUUCAGAACUAUCCAACCCCAGAUGAUGUACAAGUAUCUGGAAUCCGACCUGGUGCAUGAUAAGCAACAUCACGAUGGAAAUACGGCAGAUCGUGGUGAUAGGUAUGCCACUGUUGUUGUGAGAGAAGAUAUUUCAAUUACCUUGGAGUAA